AUGGAAAAGAAUGAUACAGCAAAUGAAAAUAUUAUGAACAUGUUAUUAGAAAUCCAGCAAGAUAUAAAAGAAAUCAAGGAACAGGUUAAAGAUAUAGAUGAAAGAUUGGAAUUAGUGGAAACUCAUUGUGUUUAUGAAAUAUUAAAUGAUGAAGAAACUUUGAUUCAUGAGUGGGGUAGACAGUGGUAUACUAACAGAAAACAAAAGAGCAUAUUAGAAGAAAAAAUAGAAAUAGUUAAAAAAAUAAAAAACAUUAGGGAAGAGUAUAAUAUAGAAAUUGAAGUUCCAUCAUGGACAGAACAAUAUAAGAGACUAAAAAUUGAAAGACCUAGAAUAUCAACAGACAGUUUAAUUAGAACAACCAAUAAGCAAGUUGAAGUAUUAACAAAUCCAGAAGAAAUAAAACAAGAAGUUAAAAAUGUAUUUAGUCAUAGGAUUACCUCACAAAAUAUAGAAAACCUAGAUCAAAAUCAA